AAAUACUUUAGCAUGCCGAGUGUUUACUCGUUUCCCUAUAGCGUCCGUUUAUUGACUGUCUAGUGGCUGGUGCUGAAUAUUUCCAAGGUGCAUAGAUUUGCAAAUAUUAGAAAUUUGGUUACAACGAUCGAUUACUCUGAGACGGGCCCGUGUAGACGCAGUCGAUUUCCAUCCAGGCAGAUGUAAAUGUACCACCCUCUGACGAGGUUCUAAACUCGAGGACACAUUCGUGCACUUUCUUUAAUUUUUUCACCUGAAAUGCACCGAUGUAGUAAUCACACAUGAUACAUCAAUUUCGGGUCUGUUGAUGUCACGUGACGAGGUGUUCAAUGGUUGUUUCGGAACAUGCAGUUUAUCCCCCGUCACCGAUAGAUAUACGUCAUAUAAACCAGAAACCUUAGGGAUAAUUAGUGCGUUUUUACUAAACCCUUAAGUUGGUGAACUCUAUGGAAAGAAGAACCUGAGUGCAAAGUUGCCAUAAUUUGCAUUUGAUACGUGCUCAAAGAUGACUUUGGUUGGAGUGUCGGUAUGUUUGUUUGUGUUAAACGGAAUUGCGAUUGGCAGCAGUCAAAAAGCUCUCAAAGACUUUUCAAGAACAGAGCGCUUAUCUCUCAUAGAAGAGAAGAUAGGGAACUCGCCGCCCAAUUUUAACGAUGAUUUUGCAACAAAGGUAGAGUGUCAGCUUGCAAUCGACAGUUUCGACUCCAUAAAUGAAGUAGACAUGGAUUUCACAGUGAGUAUAAUGCUGCACUUAAGUUGGGUGGAUGCGCGGUUUAUAACUUGGACUUCCGGCAAUGACGAUAUUCUAGAAUUUGACUCCAAGAGGCUAGACAAUAUAUGGACACCUGACUUGUUUUUUCCCAACGAGAAAAGUGCGUUCAUCCACCAUGUGUUCAUGCCAAACAAAAUGCUACGUGUAUAUGGUGGUGGGCGGGUCUCCUACACCGUCAGACUGUCGUUGACGCUGAGUUGUCCGAUGGAUCUCAGAAACUAUCCCUUUGACAAACAAAUCUGCAGAAUAGAAAUGGAGAGUUUUAGCUACAACGAAGACAACAUUAUAUUGGAGUGGACAGGCACGGACAGCUCUAGCAUGGCCAAUAUGACCAGAAGGAUAGACAUGCCUGUAGAAAUCAGCGACAACAUUGAAAUGAAUCAGUUCCGGGUCGUGAAAAAGAAAACGCUCAAGACUCUAAAUGAACGUAGAGGGGCAGGGAACCACAGUCUCCUACAAGCUGAGUUUCACCUGGUGAGAGACAUAGGAUACUAUUUGGUUCAAAUGUACAUUCCCAGUAUGCUUAUCGUUAUGUUGUCCUGGAUCUCCUUUUGGCUCAAUGUGAAUGCCGUGCCCGGGCGGAUUUCAUUGGGCGUGCUGACCGUUCUAACGAUGACUCAACAAAGUUCCACCGUCAACGCCACCCUGCCUCGUGUCUCAUAUACCAAGGCUAUAGAUAUAUGGAUGUCCUCGUGUUUAGUGUUUGUGUUUGCAGCUCUCAUCGAAUUCGCGGUCGCCAAUGUAAUAGCCAGGAGAGAUGGUAACAAAGGAUUCAAUUUCAAAAAAAUGUUCUUCCUACCAACAUUAAGUGAAAGGAGGAAGAAGAGGAAAGGGUCUGGGGUGUUGGUAGACGACAAAGGACUGAUGCGACUGGAUCCUGAAAUGGAUCCUACUCUCGUUCAAAAACACCGAGAACUUUCCGGAUUGUUGCACGCAAUGUACUUGGAUGUUGCGUGUCGCUUUCUAUUUCCGAUUUGUUUUGGGAUUUUUAACCUAGUGUACUGGACAAUAUAUACAUCCGAUACUUUUCAUAAAAACCGCUAACACAUAUGGAGAAAAGAACUUAAAUGUGAUAAUAAUCUCAUAAUCAUGAACUCCAGCUUUCCUAUAUGCAAAUUUUCAGUCAACUCCCAUGGCGAUUCAUAAUAGAAUAUAAUGCCAUCAAGUUAGAUUGAAGCAAGUCACCACGUGCCGUUUACAACAAUGAUUAACUUUACCUUUGCAUUGUUACGCACGCGCUUAAUAUUUCAUGGUCAUAGGAAAUUAAUACAGAAGUUAAUCGAAAUGUAUGGACCAGAAGUCAAUCGAAUUGAUGGACCAUGUCGACCGAAGGAAAUGUUUCCAAGUGUAUGAGUGUGACAGUGUCAUAAAUCGGAUUACAUUCCAUAAAUUUUUACAAUCGAACUUGUUGUCUUUCUGAAGCUCAAAUGUGUUGGAAAAUGAGUUCCCUGUAUAUCAAAUGAUUAUAAAUGUCAGAUACAUUAUGUACAUCAUUAUUAUUAAGGGUGCGAAUAUUCACAGUAUUGCUCGUACAUUUAUAAUAUGCACUAGUAUAUGCGCAUUGUGAAGUGGUUUUCGUUCAGUCAUGUUGAAUUUCUGUGAUAGUACGAGGAAAAAUAGCAGAUGUUACUUGAUUAAUGCAAAAAUCUAUAAAUUGCUUGUGCUCUUGUCUGAAUUUUGACAACGAUAAACACGUGACAUGUACUGCGUACCUAUAUUUGUAGAACUCUUUGUCACUGUCACAUUUCUUGUUGAUCUGUACACGUGUACACUCCAGCUCUCUACUGUGUGAACAGUACUUGCUUAAUUUCCUUAGAGCCACAGCAUAAUGUUGGGUUAUAUCGAAACGAAUAACGGAAAACUAAUAUGUGUACUUGGGUUUUUUUUUUCUUUCAUUAUUUUGUUUUAACGCUGUAUAUCUUAUUUCUAAAUAAAAUCACCGGUACAAUUACACAAA